UUGGAGGAGAUCUGUCGCUCUGAGGGAGACGACACUGAUGACAUGGACACUGAUGCUGGCUCCUGAAUUGCUGCUGCCUCUGACUCCACCAGUGAACAAUGAGGACACACGAAGGACAGUUUACUGACUGUUGAUUGGAUAUUUCACAAUAAGACGAGGACAGAACGGCAACUUUUCUGUAAAUUAAGUGGAUGAUGGAGAGAAAUGAAGGAUAAGAGUCUGACAACGUCACAGAAUUUAUUGUGCUGUCUGAUGGGAUUUAACUGUAAGACAUUGAGGUGAGAAUUACUGCUGCUGUCAGAGUUCAUGUUUUGGAGGUAAUUUCUUUCCUUCUUCCUUAAUUAUUGUGCAAAAGAAUAAAUUAAGAACAGAAUGAACAUAUUUAUGAAGAGACUUUGUUAGAGAAUUUGUAAAAUCAAAAGAAUUGUGAGAGGGUUAGACGAGAAGAACAAUACCACUCUCAUAUCUGUCUGUUAAAUAUGAAGUGAGGGGGGAAG